AUAAGUUCAGUAGUAAUUUUAACACGGAAUCGAAAAGGUUGCUUGUUUUUUUGAGGACUUAAGCGAACUUAUCUAGUGAAAUUAAACGAAAUGUGUGUUAAAACUUUAUUGGCAAGUGUUGCCAUUAUGCUAAUAGCAACUGUUAAUGCUGAAUACAAUGUGGCCAAAUAUUGUGAACUUGUAAAGAUCGGUACGUUAAUGCCCAGCAUGGUAUCCUGUCAAGAUUAUUACAUAUGCGGUCUUAAUAACCAACCAAUACCAGUCAAAUGCGGCGCUAAUACUGUUUUCGAUAAAGAUACACAAGGCUGUGUACCUGAGGCACAGGGAAACUGCAUUUUAAGUGUAGAUAAUCCAUGCGAAAAUAAGGAUGGAACAUUUGCUCCCAGUUCUAAAGCUUGCAAUGAAUGGCAUUAUUGUUUAAAUGGCAAUAUAGCAGUAAAUGGUAGCUGUCAACUAGGACAAAUAUUUAACGCCUCUAACAAUUCUUGCAUUUAUGGCGCUUGUAAUUCAGAUGACGAUAGCAAUAGUGAUUUUACACCUGUCCUUAACAUUUGUGAUAUUAUGCAAAAUGGUCAAUUCUUUGGUGAUUUCGAAAAUUGCAAUAAAUGGCAAAAGUGUAAUAAUGGAAAACUGCAAAAAGGCAUUUGUCUAGGCAAUUUGGUUUACGAUACGAAAAAUGGCAUGUGUUUACAAAAUGAUGGCACAAUGUGUGAAAGAACCAAUGGUAUGGUAAGUGAAGACGGAGGUGCACCUGAUGAAUCAUUAUGUACAUCAUCUAAUGAUGGGCCUCUUCCCGAUAAACUAACGUGUUCCGUUUAUUAUGAAUGCAAAGAAGACACCACAUCGACAUCGACAACUUAUAAAUGGAUAAAAGAACAUUGCACAAAUGGUCAAUAUUUUGAUGUUUUUAUUGGGGAUUGCGUAGAUCGUACGAAAGCUCGUGUCUAUAAAGGUUGUAAUCGUUGUGAAUUCACUACAGGCAGUACCACAUAUUGGGUAAAUGCCGUCAGUAAUGAUUGUACAAAAUUCAGUACUUGCAGAAAUGGGCGAAAAAUAACUAAUGAAGAUGGUAGUUGUAGUCCUAAGUAUUAUUUCAAUGAAGCAGAUCAAUAUUGCAUUAUGGGUAAUUUCGAUAAUUAUGCUGAAACAAAUGGAGCUUGUCAAAAUUAUACAUGUGAUGGUUAUAAUUGCAUGCUAAAUUCACCAGUUUAAUAAAAUAAUUUUCAAUAAACAAUACUUUUUCAAAAACUAAAAAUAAUACAAUUUCAUCAUCGACCUAAAAAAUAUUUUAAUAUUAAUCAGUCUAUAAGAGAUUGGACAAAAUUCGGAAAAAAAAAUAAACAAACAAAAAAAUUCUUAUUUUAAAAAGUAAAA